GAGAUGCGAGCGCCGGCAGCCGUGCCAACACAGCUCCCGGUCCCGGCGGACGCCUCCCGCGGGCGCGCCCGAGCCUCCGCGCCCCGCCGGCCGGGGCCCGAGAUGAUGAUCCCACCGGGGGAGUGCCUGUACGCCGGGAGGAAACGCAGGAAGCCCGUUCAGAAACAGAGGCCUGCUGUGGGCGCCGAGAAGUCAAACCCUUCCAAGCGGCACCGUGACCGCCUCAAUGCCGAGCUGGACCACCUGGCCAGCCUGCUGCCGCUGCCGCCCGACAUCAUCUCUAAGCUCGACAAGCUUUCCGUCCUGCGCCUCAGUGUCAGCUACCUCAGGGUGAAGAGCUUCUUCCAAGCCUUGCAGGAGAGGCGCCCGAGGAAGCUGGUAGCUGCUGCCCCCUCGCCAGGAGACCGGGGUCCACGUGGAGGGUCCGCAGGCUCAGCCAUGCUGGAGGGAAGGCUGCUGCUGGAGUCCCUCCACGGCUUCGCUCUGGUGGUGAGCGCGGAAGGGAUGAUCUUCUACGCGUCAGCCACGAUCGUGGACUACCUGGGCUUCCAUCAGACGGAUGUGAUGCACCAGAAUAUUUAUGACUACAUCCACGUGGACGACCGCCAGGACUUCUGCCGGCAGCUGCACUGGGCCAUGGACCCUCCCCAGGCAGGGUGUGGGCAGCCCCUGCUCUCGGAGACAGGAGAGGAUGCCGUCCUGGGGAGGCUGCUGCGGGCCCAGGAGGGGGGCGUGGACCUGCCCACCGAGUACUCGGCCUUCCUGACGCGCUGCUUCAUCUGCCGCGUGCGCUGCCUGCUGGACAGCACCUCGGGCUUCCUGACGAUGCAGUUUCAAGGGCGACUGAAGUUCCUCUUCGGACAGAACAGGCGGGCGCCCUCGGGCGCGGCCCUGCCCCCGCGGCUGGCCCUGUUCUGCGUGGCGGCCCCCCUGGCCCUGCCCCCCGGCGUGGAGGUGAGGAUGAAGACCGUGUACCUGAGGGCGAAGCACAGGGCGGACGUCCCGGCCUCGACCGACGCAAAAGCAAAAGCUGCCUCAAGUCUCUGCGAAUCAGAAUUGCACGGAAAACCCAAUUACUUAGCAGGGAGAAGCAAUGGAGAAAAUGGCCUCUCCUUGUUCAGGACGCCAGAGGAUGCCUGCCGCUGGGGCCGGGUCACAGGCCGGGGUCCCUGCCUGUGCCUCCGGGGCGGCCCUGACCUUGUCCUUGACCCCGAGGGCGCCGCAGGGGCCGGGGAAGGAGAGGAGCUCGGGGGGGUCCCGCGGGACGCACCCCCAUACAGCUGCUGCCUGGAGCCCCUGGGCCCUGUGAAGCAUUUGGACUGGCCAGCUGGGAGGCACGGUCAGGAUGGCGGCAGUGCCAAGCUGAAGCUGGAGCCGGGCAAGGCCAACCCGUUCCCCACCGCCCCGGCCCAUGGCGCCUGCCUGCCCUACCUGGGCACGCAGGGCGCCGUGCACACCCUCCGGAGCUCACCCGGCUCUCACCCACCCAGGCCGCCCCCUGGGGCCUGUGCCGGCCGGACCAGCAGAGCCCUGCGGGACGGACACCAGGGUCCGGUGCCGCCCCCCACCCCUGGCCUCUUCCCCCACGGGGGCUUGGACAACAGGGUCCCUCGGCCGGCAAUCCAGCGUCUCCCGGUGGGCGGCUACCCAGCUGAGGACAAGCUUCGAGGCCUUCUGAUGCCCCCAGGAGCCCCAAGUCACCCCACGUCACUCGACGUGCCCAUCAAGAUGGAGACUGACUCGGGAUCCGAGGACGCUGCGGACGGCUACUGCGUGUCCCCGACCCAGGUGUGGCUGGGGGCCGGCGACCUGGCCAAGAGACAGCUGGUCACCUUCCCGACUAGGAUGCACCUGAAGACGGAGCCGGGCGCCAGGCACCCCCUGUACAGCGCGCCCACCGGGCCUGGCCUGCUGGGCGCCCCCCCCAGACCCAGCAGGGGGCUGGCCCCGCUGCACCCCGCGUCCUGUGCCUGUCUGGAGCCCCCGCCCCGCCUCUGUGUACGGGGCCACCAGCCCCCCAACCUGGGCUGCAACUGCCGGGCUCCCGGGCCGGCUCCCACGGUCAAGCUCGAGCCCCUGGACUCUCCCUUGUGGGCGGCUCAUGGCCAGGGUGGGCCUCCUGGGCUAUUCUGCAAGAGUGCACCGGCCGUGGGGAUGCCCCCCAGGGACGCGCAGUGCGCCUUCCUGCCCUAGAGCUGCUGGUCCUGGAGCCGGCCGGGCCCCGCGGACAGUGCUCCGGCCCGAGCCUUCCCCGAGGGAAGCACGUGCAGUAGCAAGUUCACUGAAGGUCUUAAGUGCAGGGUGGUCAUCAGUCUGCUCAAGGAUGGCAGGGUUCUCCUCUGAGGAGCACGGCUCCCCACCCCCACCCCAGGUCAUCUCCCCGGCGCCUCGAAGGGAGCAGACCUCGGGGAACAGCCACACCCUGGUGGCCCACUGCCAAGACAGCUAAUUGGGAGAAACGCUCACUGAAUGGCAGGUGGCCACAUGCUCGUGCCUGGGAGGAAUCUAGAAGUUCAGCCAGAAGAGGCUGAUGGCACCGGGCCGCCCUCCACUCCAACAUGCAGUGUGUGCUUGAAACGCUGGCCUAGGCCGAGGCCAGCCCGGAGGGAGGAUUGGCCAGAUCUUGUGUGGUUCUUCUGCAGUCUCUCUGGUGUUUCAGCGGUCUUCAAAGGGGGUCCGUGCUUAUCUGCCCCCGCUGCACCACGUAGCCUGGAAUGCACAGGGUCUGGAUUGGAGUCCAGAAACACAGCACGAGGGGAAGGAAGGAGUUGGUCCAGGUGUCAGGCUGUCUUGCUGACUGCAGGUCUUCAGAUGGCUCUGAUCGUCAUCCCAGAAGGAAUUAGUCGAGACGAGACAGACAGGCAGCAUUUUAUAAAAAGGAAAAAAUCGUGGGGACAUCCCCCGUGGUCCUGCAGUUAAAUGCCUGCAGGGGGUGUGGGUUCGAUCCCUGGUCAGGGAAUUAAGAUUCCACAUGCCGCAGGAUGUGGCCAGAAAAAAAGAAAAAAAUUUUGAAGGGAACACAUUCUGAACGUAGGAAAUUUAGGUGCAAAAGAAGAAAUCAGAAAGCGAAGGCCACCCGCAGUCACCAUGGAUAGCUCAUGGUUAAGGGCAAAGUUCACCACACCUUCCGGGCGACCCCAUCCCACAGGUGCAGUCCCCGCAGGAUGUGACUCCAGAGCCACCACGGGGCAGGAGAAAGCGGGUUGGAGGCCCCUCCUCCUUGCGGCACGAGCAUCUGUCCUCGGUCACCCCCUGCCCCGAGUCUCAGGACCUGCAGGAGCCCCAGCGGGGACUUGCAGUCCCACCGUGUUCAGCAAGGGGUCUUCCUGUCAUCUGUUGGCUUUGGGGUUCAGUUCCUGAGUUGGUGAAGCCAUCUGCAUUCACCUUGUCAACUCAGGACUGGGCGGCAGGACUGGGCCCGUCGGACUGAGGCACGCCUGGGGGCGCCCGUACCCCUCGGCGCUCUUCUUCUUGGAAGGGCUUCCCCAGGGGUGUGGUGGGGCGGAAGGUCUCUUCCCAGAGUGACAGAAGUUACCAGUCAGAGCCCGGGUCAGGUGUGGUCAAUUCAUGGCCUCGUGGGAUCCCCAGGGCCUGCCCAGCAGCCUUCUCUUCCCUGCCCACCCCCCAGGGGGCCCUUGCAGAAAGUGACGUUGGUGCUGUGCUGCCCCCCACCCUUGCCAGAGUCUCCCCCUCCCCUGUUGUGAUGGCAGCACAGCCACCUGUCAGGACCACCUGCUUCCCACCCCCCGCCCCCCUGCUGCUAGCUCAGCACCCCUCUCUGCUUGGUUCUCAUGCUGAGCCCAGCCCACCGUGUAGAUUUCAUCCCUAAGACACAGGGUGGAAUUUCAGAAACUUCCUCCUUCCUUUCUAUUCAUGCCAAGUGCCCAGCUCCUCAUGGAAGCACUGUGCCAUCUCUCAGAAGUGACUGUCAGCCUCUCUGGAGCUCCCUCUGCGAAGGGAGGGUCCUCAAACGCACCCUCCGCACAGGGGUACCCCUUCCUGUCUCGGCGUGGUAGCUGGCAGUCUGCAUGUGUGAAACCCUGGACCAGAAAGAUGGAGUGGAGAGGCGUCGUUGCAUGUUUGCACACUGUAGCCGGAACCCAGCGAAGGAUAGCUACGGCUCGAGGAGGUGCAGCAGUCUGCCCUCAAGGCCACGGUACCCGAGCGUUCAGAGGCAUCCACUCCCCUGGACUACGCGCACCAAGUUGGUCCCAGCAGGCGUGUGGCGAGUCACACUUUGUUGAUGCAGAAUUCAGCACCUGGACAUCAGCGCUUGCUUCAUGCUCGAGACGCUGUCAUGCUGGAGGCCCAGGUCCUGACGUGCUGGGACAGCGGCAACAGAACCUGCCUCAGUCAGCACUUUGUCGUUUUAUAGCCCUCCCCCCUGAGAAACUGUGUGCAGAAAGUGAUGAUGGAAUGUGGAAUGUCAGAUGUGGCCACUUCUGUAGAUGUGGCCAUUCCUGCUUUAAAAUGUCACGAACAGUACUGAUUUCAGGCCUGUAUUUUCUAUUGCUGGUAGCUUUUGCCUAUAUAGCUGAAAAAUAUUAAAAUCAAAGAUGAUGUAAGAAUGGGAUGGAAGGGAGGAGAUAAACACAACUUAUAUUUUAUAUUUUUGUAGUUUCUAUUGGAUGAAAAAAGUUUUUAAUAUCUAGACAGACUUGUUGAAUUGUUAAAAAUAGGUACACUAUAAUACAACUUUUGUACUUUUGUAUAUUUCCUCAGUGCCUUUAGAAAGAGCUUCCAAAUACAUUUCUGAUACUGUGGUUUGUAUUAAAUUUAUGAUAUUGUUGUAAAAUAAAUCAUAUAUUGUAUGUGUUUAC